CCUGCUGCGUCGCGCGCUCUCGUCCUGCGUUGCUCCAGCUGCUGCCGCUGCUGCUGUUGUCUGCCUGCCUGACGGUGCGUGCGUGCGUGCGAUCUCCUUUCCGCUCGCACCGUGCUGCUGCUCUUCAAUGUAGCAAAGACCAUGACAGGCAUCGCCGCCGCCUCCUUCUUCUCCAACAUUUGCCAGUUCGGAGGCUGCGGACUGCACUUCGAGUCGCUGGCCGAGCUCAUCGUGCACAUCGAGGAUAAUCACAUCGAUACAGAUCCUCGUGUGUUGGAGAAACAGGAACUGCAGCAGCCCACAUACGUCGCCCUCAGCUACAUUAACAGGUUUAUGACAGACGCAGCACGGCGGGAGCAUGAAUCUCUGAAGAAGAAAGUUCAGCCAAAGCUGUCACUCUCACUGACCGGCAGCCUUUCACGCAAUAGCGUAGCCACGCCCCCCCGCCACAACAGCGGUAACCUCACCCCACCCGUGACCCCGCCCAUCACACCCUCGUCUUCAUUCAGGAGCAGCACCCCCACAGGCAGCGAGUACGAUGAGGAGGAAGCAGAAUACGAAGAGUCCGACAGUGACGAGUCAUGGACCACCGAAAGUGCCAUUAGUUCUGAAUCCAUCCUCAGUUCCAUGUGCAUGAAUGGCGGUGAUGAGAAACCCUUCGCAUGUCCCGUGCCUGGAUGCAAAAAGAGAUACAAGAAUGUGAAUGGUAUCAAGUACCACGCCAAGAACGGCCACCGCACUCAGAUCCGUGUUCGCAAGCCCUUUAAGUGCCGGUGUGGUAAAAGUUACAAAAGCUCUCAGGGGCUUCGACACCACACCAUCAACUUCCACCCGCCCGUCUCUGCCGACAUCAUCCGCAAGAUGCAGCAGUAAAGAGUGCCAACGUCACACACACACACACACAGAACCGCUCCAAAUCCAUCCGCACCAGCAGCCGUGGCUGUCCAUUAACUUUCAUCCAUCUCGUCCGCAGAGUUUUGGAGGACAUCCCAAAAAGAUUUGUCUCGAGGACGUUUUUGUCUGUAUUUUACUCU